AUGACCGGUCAAGUCUCUUCUACUGUCUUGAGACUCAGAGGCAGUGCGAAGCAAUGCAGUGCUACAUCGCGAGCGUUGUUCAAGCACUAUUUUUCUACGAGUGCGGAAAAGAACACCGAUCCAGCUUCUAUACAAUUAGUGGAAUCUCUGCACCAGAAGAACGGCAACCUGUCAACUAGGCUAACUGACGGCGAGGUCAAGCUCAUUAUCUCCAGCUACUGGCCGGCCAUUAUCUCCACAUACUUUUCCUUUCCAGGAAAUGUUGACCUCUACGCUUUCACUCCGUAG